CACAUAGCUAUCCCUGAGUCUUUUCUUCUGAGAUUAAUUAGACUUUUGGGAGCCUAAUUGGGAUUGACUCCCAAAUCUAUAAUCUCCUUCCCACAUCAGCCAGUGCAGAGUACAAUAACAGAGACCAGCUCUUAAAACAGAUGUGGAUGGAGAAGCACAUGUGAGUGAUAAAUGGAGGCAAUGCCAAAUCAUAUUGGGUGGCUAAAGACAAACAGCCUGAUAAGAGAUGGGAAAGGAAGAUAUAAUCAAGGAUCUACUCCCUCAAAACAGCUCAAUAUCAAAUGUGCAGGCAAUGUCCAACCAAUCCUCAAGAGUGACUGAAUUCCUUCUCCAUGGCUUCUCUGAUAUUCAGGACUUGGAGACAUUCCAUUUCAUUAUUUUCCUAGUCAUUUAUUUGAUGGCCCUCGUUGAAAAUCUUCUCAUCAUAACACUCAUCAUAUACAGCCAUCACCUUCACAAACCCAUGUACUUCUUUUUGGCCAAUCUGGCAUUCCAAGACCUGGGUUCCGUAUCUGUUUCAGUCCCUAAAUCCAUGGCAAAUUCCCUGAUGAACACCAAGACCAUUUCUUACAAUGGAUGUAUCUGCCAAGUUUUCUUCCUUCUCUUUUUCACUACAUCUCAUUUUUUCCUGCUUGGCAUCAUGGCAUAUGACCGCUAUGUUGCCAUCUGCAAUCCACUGCGGUAUGAGACUGUGAUGAACAAGAAAGCAUGUAUCCAAAUGGCAAUCAGUGUAUGGCUUAUUGGGCUUCUCUAUUCUGCAAUAUACACUGGAAAUACCUUUACAAUAGAGUUCUGUUCCAAUGAUAUCAAUCAGUUCUUCUGUGAAAUCCCAGCGCUAUUUAAGAUUGCUUGCUCUGAUUCUUAUCUCAUUACAUUUUGGGUUAUUUGUGUCGGCCAGAAUGGAGGCUCUAUGAACGGAACAUAUCCGAACCUUGGGGAAGUCCAGCCAAUUAUUGGGCAGUUGGGCAGCGGAACAUAA